AUGUUAACAUUAUCUGAAAAAUUUCAUGAACAAGAUAAUCGUUUUCAACAACAAUUUGAUGAAUGGACACCAUUUGAACAAAUUUAUGCAUCAGUUGAAUUAACAAAAAAAUUACAAUUAUCAUAUCGAUAUUUUCUUUCGCAAUUAUUAUCUCAAACAAAUAAUCAACAAGAAAAUAAUGAUAUGUUUCAUCAUACAAUUCAUCAAGCAAAUGCACCAGCUAUUCUUGCUUGUCUUCUAUCAGAUCCAUUAGAUAAAAUAAUUUCAACACUUCAACUUUAUUUACCGUUAGUUUCAAUAACAACAACUAAUGAAAAAUUACUUGAUUCUUAUCGUGAUGUAUUCAUUUAUUUGGAUUCAAAAUUAAAUAAUCCAACAAAUUUUUCUUAUACAGAACAACAAUUAAUAAAUUUUUGUCAACAAAUUAAAUUUUAUAUUCAAACAAAUCCAUGUUUACAAAAAUUUUUAGUUGAUAUACCACAAUUAAAUGCUUUAGCAUCAUCAUCAUCAUCAUCAUCAUCAACAAUAAUGAUUAAUAAAGGAAAUACAGAUGAAAAAUCAUUAUCAUCAUCUCCAUCAUCACAAAGACAUCAUCAACCAUUACAACGUUAUCCAUCAGUUCGCCUUAAUCAACAAACACCAACACUACCGGCAUCAUUAAUGAAUUUUUCUUCUGAAGGUUCUCAUAAUUCUUCAUUAUGUCAACAAUUAAUACAUCAUACUGCUGAUGAUAGUGGUGUUGAUUUAACUGAACCAAAUAUAACAAAUUCUGUACAAAAUAUUUUAUCAACACAAGAUUCACAACAUACAAUUAUUGGUCGUUCUCAUUCUGAUAAUUUAACAUUAAAAAAUGGACAAGAUAAUCAAAAUAAUUAUAUGUUUGUUGGUAAAUCAGCAUCAUCACCAACACCUGAACCAACAAUAUCAAAUCAUUCAUCAUUUGUACCUUUAUCAGCUGUAUUAAGUGCACCAGCACCAUCAAUUCAUUCAUAUUAUUCAGAAUUACGUCAUCAAAAUUCAAAUUAUCAACAACAAAUUAAAACACAAUUACCAAUAAGUGAUGAAGAUGAAGAAGAUUUUCAACAACAACAACAACAAAAUUCAACACAAACAAUACAAAAUCCAAUUGAUAAUUUUUAUUUAGAUGUUAAUACAGUAGAUAAUCGUAAUCGUUUAGGUCAAUAUCGUUCAUUAUGUAAUCGAAAUACAAGAAAAUAUUCAAAUAAUACAAGAAAUAAUACAGAAAUUGUAUCACCAUAUUUAGGUGUUGAUAGUAAUUCUGGUUCUAUAACUAAUAAAUUUCUACAACCAAAUAGUGGCAUGCGUGAUGUAUCAAAAUGGUUAAAAACUCUUCGUUUACAUAAAUAUGCUUUUUUCUUUUCACAAAUGACAUAUGAUCAAAUGAUGUCUUUAACUUAUGAACAAUUAAAAGAAGGACAAAUAACUGAUGGUGCAUGUACUAAAAUAUUAUUAAAUAUAAAAAAAUUAAAAGAAAGACAAACAUUAUUACAAAAAUGUCUUAUUGAUAUUGAUAAUGAACAAAUUGAUAUAAAAAUUGUUUUACAACAAUUAAAUGAAUUAAUGUUAACACCAAUACGUGUUAAACAAACAGAAAAAAUUAAUGAUAAUGAUGAAGAUUUACCGAAAUUAAUUAUGCAAGUACUUGAAAAAGUCUAUCAAACAUUAACAUGUAAUAAUUCUUCAACAAAUAUAUUAUCUGAAAUGUGUAAUAAUUUAGUUGGUUUAUUUGAUCGUUGUUAUAAACAUGAAGCUUUUACAGCUGAUCAACGUCAUACAUUAUUGCAUUGGCGUGGUCCAUUAUGUAAUAAAUUACAAACAUCAGGUAAAAUUGAUUUUAAAUCUAUGCAAUCAUCAUCAUCAUCAUUAAAUCGUCGUGUACAACUUAAACCACAAACAAGUAUGGGAAAUAUAAAUACAACACAAAUAUCACGACCAACAGUACGAAAUAUAAAAAGUACAUUUUCAUAUUUUUCAAAUUAUCAUACAAAUUCAAUACCAUUAUCAAGACAACAUAAUUCAGAAUUAUUAAAUCAAAAUGGAAAUAAUAAUUCAAUUGAAUCAAAUAUAAAUCAACAUCCAAUAAAAUCACCAACAUUAAUUUUUUCAAUGAAUGAUGAUUAUUAUAAUGAUUCAACAACAUUACCAAAUCAUUUAUCACUAACAUCAACACCAUCAUUACAAGAACAAUUAAUUAAUCAUCAAACAACAUCAUUUUUAACAGAACGUACUGGAAAUUUUCGACCAUCAUUUAAUUAUAUUAAAUCAACAACACAAAAUAAUAUUAAUAAUGGAACAUAUUUAGCAACAAAUCAACAUCAAUUAUUAACACGAAAAAAAAGUAUUGAUCCAUAUGGUGAAAUAAAUCUUGAUGAUAAAACAAAAUUAUGUAAAACAUAUAGUGAUCCAAAUAAAAUUCGUUAUUAUAAUUCAAUACAAACAGGAAAUAUUCCAUCAACAACACAUACACAAAUAUCACCUCAACAAACAACUUAUGGUAUGACAUUAACACCAUAUUCAUCACAAAAAUAUUUAGGACAUACACAAUCAACAUUUGAUAAUGAAUCAACAAUUCGAAAAUCUUAUUCAGAUACACCUUCACCUAUUUUCUAUGAACGUGCAAAUUUUCUUAAGCGACAAAAUGAUGCAUUAGCUUUUACUGCAUCAAAUGAAAAACGUCAAAAAGUUGAAAAAACAUCAUCACAAAAAACUAAUCGACCAAAACCAACAUUUGGUCGAUCAAAAACAUCAUCAGAUUUCGCAAGUGAUUAUCAUGCAUCAAGUACUUCGUCAAAAUCAAGAUUUUUAACACUUGCAAAUAUUGUCGAAAAAUUACAAGAACGUUUUCUUAGUGGACAAACUGAUGCAAUAACAUUGGAUGAAAUUAUAGAAGAAUCCAGUCUUACAAUUGAUCCAUCGGAUAAACAUUGGCUUGCUUCGGAAGCACUUUUAUCAAAUGAAAAAAUUGAUGUUAAAAAAGUCGAUGAUACUAAUAAAUUUGUAUAUAAGCCACCACUUGAUUUAAAAGCUCCAAAAAAAAUACAUCUUCUUAAUCUUUUAAAAACACGACAUGAAAGAUGUGAAGGUGCUGUAACUGUUGAUGAUGUACGAGAUACAAUACCAAAAACACGAGCUGAUAAUAUAAUUGAUAGUUUAAUAAAAAGUGGUGACGUUGUGAAAGUAACAAGUAAUAAAAAAGAUAUUUUAUUUUAUACAGAUCGUGCUUAUGAUCUUCGUGUUAAUCCAGAAUUUAUUGAAUCAUGGAGAAAAAUAUCAGUUGAAGGUUUAGAUGAUAAGAAAAUUUGGGAAUUUCUUGAUAAUCAAGGACAUUAUGGUUUAACAAAGAACGCACCACGACAAGCUCAGUUACCAACAAAAUCAAGACGAGGAGGUCGACGUCCAGAUACAAUGAAACAUAAUCUACAUGUUGCUCAUCAACUCGAAGAUUAUUCCAAUACAUCAAUCAAAAAAAUAAAUGCAUAG